GGCAAAUUUGUUACACGAAGACGAUGCUUAAAAAAGUUUUAGAACUAUGCGAAGUGCGCGGGUUUUUAAAGAGCUUUAAAGACGGGCUGAAGUUAGUGGGACCGGUCGGGGCGUUACUACGACGAAAUCUCGAAACCGAAUGGUUCUAUAAUCUGGUGAUCAAUCGAGAGACUAGCGUGUUUAUGAACGAAGGAUCGUUCGUCGAUACGUACGAGUUUGCCAGGCGAGUUUGUCAGGAGCGUUCGCCUUUCGGUGUCGCCGAAGUGGUGAAGGACACGGAGGAUUUAUUUGAUUUGGAUGGGCAUUUCUUUCAUAAGCCGAGGUAUUUGCUUACGACGGUGUUCGUUCCGCCUUCGUUGUCGACUCAGUUUUUCCACGACUGGCAAAGGCUGCGCAGGACGUGGUGGCGGAAGCUUUCAGCGUAUCCUGGUAGAUAUGCCUUCUCGGACCUGCAGACGAACGGUGAUAGUCAACUACUUCAGAUACGCGCAGAGUAUGAGUCUGAGAAGGUUUUGGUGGAGUCGUUACGUUUCAAUCAAGAACCACACCCUUUAUUGACACCCGAACAGUUAUUUGUGCGAGAUGGACGUAAAAAGGUGCAGGCGCAUUACAUUAGCAGCAACAUUUCGCUUGACAAUAUGCUCCUAAACUGUAUAUGGGACGCAUACGACGAGCCCGACUUUAUAGGUAAACCACGCCCAUUGCUAAGGUUCCAUCGAAAAUUGGCCCCGUACAAAAUCAGUUUCGCGAUCUCCGCUACAAAAAGUAGCACUUUGGAGGAGCUAAGCUCGCUGGCCUUGUACUUGUGUCGGAAGUUGCGAGACGGUCACGUGUCGUGCCUGCUACUCCCGAUGACUAUUAAAACCACCCUAGAGUCGCAGUGGGCUCCAUACGACGAAAUGGGGGUGCCUUAUACUGUCAUUUUAAACGAGACCACUUUGAAAAACGGCAUAUCACUACUCCGCAGCCGAGAUACUACACUAAAGGAACAGGUGCACGUUACAAAAUUGCCGGCGUACGUCGAACAACUGUUUAAAAACUACUAGCUGUUUAUUACGACCUAUUGUACUUUGUAAAAUUAACGCCUGUCACUCUGGAAAGCCAUGCAAUAUAAGUUGAGACUCGUGUGUAAACGGAGUGGUUGAAGCUGAUUCUGCAAAAUGGAAGAAGAGCCAGAUGGCUUGUGAUUCCGAUUUGUAAAUAGCGCUUAUUUUGUACUAUUAUUAAAGGCCCUCCGCUGUCGCCCUAGAAAUAAAAGACAUAUUGUAGUGUUA